AUGAGUGGUCGUCGUCUCCGCCACGUCAACGCCGAGCGUAAACUGAAGGAUUGGCGGCACGAGGCGCGGGAACGACAGCUGGAAAAGACGGCGCAGGACUAUUUGAAGCGACUCGCGAAGGAGAAGAAGAAGCGGCGCGAGGAGGUGGUCGAUCUGGGCGCGGUGCGCAAGGCCAGCCACGCCGCCAUGGCGAGAGUCGCUGAUGCGGUGAAGAGCGGUAUGGAGCGGCAUGGUCUGGAUAAGGGGAAGCGGAAGCUGAGCGCGGAGGAGGAGGGAGAAGAGGAGGCGGAGCGGGCGCAGCAGGCGAAGCGCGGAAAACUACUAGGCAUGCUGGAGGAUAUUGAGGAGGGGGAGGACGACGAGGAGGAGGAUGAGGAGGAAGGGGAAGAGGAGGAGGAGGAAGAGGAGGACGAAGAGGAGGAAGACGAGGAGCAUGAGGAGGGAGAGGAGGGCACAGAAAAGGGAGGGGAGGAGGGGAGUGGGAGUGGUUCGAAGGAGGGGAGCGAGGCGAGUGGGGGUGCAGGGAGUGCGGGCAGUGCGGGCAAGGCACCUCUGGGGUUGGAGCGGCUGAAGCAGGAGCUGCAGCAGAGGGGGCUCAAGUGCGGCGGCACCUUGAGCGAGCGAGCAGCGCGGCUCUUCCUUCUCGCCAGCACGCCUCUGGACCAGUUAGACCCCAAACACCUGGUUGGGGGGGCUGCUGGAGGUGGUAAAGGCCGCAAGGGCAAGGGCAAGCUGUGA